AGCCCUAUAGUCCGUCAAAAGCGCGCGCGCAUGCUCACUUUGCUGUUAUUAUCAUCUCAGAAAACAACCAGCAACACAUUCUUCCAACCCUAACCUUCCCUCCUCCACAAUUCUCUAUUCUUCACACACAAACUAAAAACUCAUCAAACAAACCCUAACUCUUCACCUUCAAUGAAGCUUCCGCGAAAAUCCAAAGCGACGGAACCACCACCGGUUCCGAAGCGGAGAGGUCGACCGCGAAAACAGAGAAGAAAAGAGAACGAAACCGUGACAAUCGAAUCAAAGAAAACGACGCCGAUAGUAUUAAUUGGACGUUACGUUUUGAAAGAAUUUCGAAAACGUGUUGUUCUAAUCGGAAAAGUUGUAAGCUAUAAUAGCGGUUUAUACAGAGUCGAGUAUGAAGAUGGAGGUGGUGAGAAUUUGAAUAGUAGCGAUAUUCGUAGAAUUGUUCUUAAUGAUUGUGAUUUUGACGACGAUUUGAUUAGAAGAAAAAGUGAACUGGAUGAAUCGUUGUUGUCUAAGAUCGUUAAUGAAUUGGAAAAUAAUUCGAGUGAAUUACAUGUGGCAAACGAAGAUGUAACCGAUGUUGAUUCGUUUAAUGAUUCUAGGGAUUCGUGUUCCGAUGCUGAGACGCCGUUGGAAUUGACGCCGUUAGAAUUGCCGCCUAUGUUGCAGUUGCCGCCGUCUUCGGGAACUAUUGGUGUGCCGGAGAAUUCUGUUUCGCACCUGUUUUCAGUUUAUGGAUUCUUACGAUCGUUCAGUACUCGAUUGUUUUUGAGUCCGUUUAGUUUGGAUGAGUUCGUUGGCGCUCUUAACUGUCGAGUAUGGAAUACUUUGCUUGAUGCUGUUCAUGUUUCCUUGAUGCGUGCUUUGAGACGUCAUCUUGAAAAUCUUUCAGCUGAAGGCUCGAAGAUUGCAUCAAAGUGCCUUAGGUGCAGUGAAUGGAGCUUGCUUGAUACAUUGACUUGGCCUGUUUUCUUAAUUCAAUAUUUAGCAGUUAAUGGAUACACAAAGGGGUCUGAGUGGAAAGGAUUUUAUGACGAGAUUUUUUAUGGAGAAUAUUAUUCAUUGCCUGCAAGUAGGAAGUUAAUAAUAUUGCAAAUUCUCUGCGAUGAUGUUUUGGAGUCUGAAGAGCUAAAAGCUGAAAUGAACAUGCGUGAAGAAUCAGAGGUUGGGGCGAAUUAUGAUGCUGAUGAAAUUCCUCCUACAGAAAAUGGGCCGAAAAGAGUCCAUGCCAAAACUGCUGAUUGCAAGGAUGAAGAAUGUAUGAAUUUGGUUUCAGAAUUAGAUGCUGUGAACUUACCCGGUAAUUCUGAAGAUGAGGUUGAUAGAAAUGGAGAUGAAUGCCGCCUCUGUGGCAUGGAUGGGACCUUGCUCUGUUGUGAUGGAUGUCCUGCUGUUUAUCAUUCAAGAUGUAUUGGUGUGAUGAAGAUGUAUAUACCAGAAGGGGCAUGGUAUUGUCCAGAAUGCAAAAUAAAUAAGAUUGGGCCAACAAUUGCAAAGGGAACAUCUCUUAAAGGGGCUGAAAUAUUUGGAAAGGACUUGUAUGGGCAACUUUUCAUCGGUACUUGCAACCACUUACUUGUGCUCAAUGUCAACAGUGGUGAUUUUUGUCUUAAAUACUACAAUCAGAAUGACAUUACUGAAGUUAUCCGAGUGCUUUAUGCUUCCAUGCAACAUAGAGAUGCAUACUUUGGUAUUUGCAUCGCAAUGUUACAAUAUUGGAAUAUUCCAGAAAGCUUUUUACAUCUAAACUCAGAAAAUUUGAUGAUAGACGCAAACAUCUCUGCUGCGGCACUUCCUCCUUUGGUUGAAAAUGACCAUAAAGCUGUUAGUGUGGGGAAGGCAGAAUAUGGUCUAACAUCCUUGAAUGGGAUUUGUAGUGAUAAUAUAGCGCCGUCUCUAAAUGCUUCAUUGAUUACCACUAGUCCUACUCGUGAAAUCAAUGGCAAUGCUAUAACUAAGGAGUCCCCUAACAUGAAUAUGAAGCUUCAUAAGGAAACUGUGAUGGGUUCUGUUGCUUCAAUUGUCAACCAUCAGUCUGAAACAAGCUACCCAAAUCCUGACAACAGGUCAGCUGCAGCUACUCCUGCCAAGUGCUCCUUGGUAAGCAGCCAAUUUAUUAAUUAUGGGAAUGCAAAUGACAUGAGGUUGCCUAUGAAUUUGUCUUUGCAAACUAAAGGCAACCAAACUGGUUUUGGAAAGUGCAAAGGAAAUAUAACUAAUGAUUUUGUGUAUAUGGGUUGCUCCUAUAAACCUCAGUCAUACAUUAAUUACUAUAUGCAUGGUGAUUUUGCUGCAUCUGCUGCUGCUAACUUGGCCAUUCUUUCUUCAGAGGAUUCUAGAUCAGAGGGUCACAUGUCUGACUUGAGAAAAGCUACAUCUGAAAACACUAAUUUGAUAGCAAAAGCAUUCUCACUGACAGUUUCACGCUUCUUUUGGCCAAGUUCUGAUAAGAAGCUUGUGGAGGUUCCAAGAGAGAGGUGUGGCUGGUGCCUUUCUUGUAAAGCCCUUGUUUCAAGCAAGAAAGGAUGCAUGUUAAAUCAGGCUGCUCUAAGUGCUACCAAAAGUGCCAUGAAAGUCCUUUCUGGUCUUGCUCCUGUAAGGAGUGGAGAAGGAAUUUUCCCUAGUAUUGCAACAUAUGUCAUUUAUAUGGAGGAAAGCUUACGUGGUUUAAUAGAUGGGCCCUUUCUUAGUGAAAACUAUCGAAAGCAAUGGCGUGAACAAGUGGAAAAGGCCACCUCAUUUUGUAACAUAAAGCCCCUUCUACUUAAACUUGAGGAGAACAUUCGUACAAUUGCGUUUUGUGGCGACUGGGUGAAGCUAAUGGAUGAGUGGUUAGUUGAAUCUUUUACAAUCCAAAGUGCAACAUCUACUCUUGGAACAACACAGAAACGUGCAUCAUGUGCUAGGCACAGAAAACAAUUACCAAUCAAAGUUACAGUUGACAUUUGCUGUGAAAACUUUGUCUGGCGAAAUGGAAAACUAACCAAAUCCGUAUUUCAGAAAGCUGCGCUGCCGAAAUUCAUGGUCAGAAAAGCAGCUCGGCGAGGUGGUUUGAAGAAAAUUUUGGGUAUUGUCUAUCCUGAUGUCUCUGAAAUUCCUAAAAGAAGCAGACAGCUGGUUUGGAGAGCUGCUGUUCAAACGAGUAGGAAUGCAUCACAGCUUGCACUUCAGGUUCGAUAUCUAGAUUUUCAUAUCAGAUGGAUUGAUCUGAUUCGGCCGGAGUAUAAUUUUCAAGACGGGAAAGGUCAAGAUACUGAAGCUUCUGCUUUUAGAAAUGCAAAUAUUUGUGACAAAAAGGUUGUAGAGGGAAAAACAUUUUAUGGUAUAGCUUUUGGGAGCCAAAAGCAUAUUCCUUCUCGGGUAAUGAAGAAUGUUGAAAUAGAUCAAGGGCCAGAAGGAAAGAAGUUCUGGUUUUCUGAAACCCGUGUUCCUUUAUAUUUGGUAAAAGAGUAUGAAGUAAGCAAUGUAAAAGAGCCAUCUCAUAAAGAUCAUUUGAAUAUUGCAUCUCAAUUGCACAAAAGGCGGUUGAAUGCUAUCUGCAAGGACAUAUUUUUUUACCUCACUUGCAAGAGAGACAAAUUGGACACAUUACCAUGUUCUGUAUGUCAGCUGGGUGUUUUAUUAAGGAAUGCUCUCAAGUGCAGUGCAUGUCAAGGUUAUUGUCACGAGGGCUGUUCAUUAAAUUCAACAUUCUCUACAUUUAAAGAAGUUGAGUUCUUGACUACAUGCAAAAAAUGUAAUGAUGCCAGACUACUCAUUAAAAAAGAGCACAGUAUUGAAUCUACACCCAGUCCCUUAACGUUAAAAGCACAAGAACAUAGCUCUUUGGCAAUUUCGAAGCCAGCAAAGCCUAAAUGUUAUGAUCAAAUACCGAGAUCUUCCAAGGUUAAGGAUUGUCGUCCUGACAUGAAACAAGUUGCUUCCCAUCCUCCUGUUGAAACAAAAAGCCGUCGCAGAAACACCUCUUGGGGUAUUAUUUGGAAAAAGAAUAACAGUGAAGAUACAGGCUUUGAUUUCAGGCUAAAAAACAUACUUCUGAAGCGGAGUUCAAGCUUGCCUGGAUCGGCGCAUCCUGUUUGUCACUUGUGCCGAAAGUCAUAUAGGCCUGAUCUAAUGUACAUACGCUGUGAAAUGUGUACAAGGUGGUAUCAUGCUGAAGCUAUUGAACUUGAAGAGUCCAAAAUAUUUUCUGUGCUAGGCUUCAAAUGUUGCAGGUGUCGCAAGAUAAAGUCACCUUUGUGUCCUUACUCUGGUUUGACGUGCAAGGAGCAAAAUGGAGAGAAGUCAUACCCACGGGCUUCCAAGAUAGAGCAUUCUAGAGCAGAUUCUGGUUCUGGAACACAAGCCGACAUUAGAGAAUGUGAGCCCGCUACUCCUAUCUUUCCUGCAGAGGAUGUUUCUAGACAAGAGAAUAAUCCUCCUUUGCUGUUUUCUCUUUCGAAUGUCGAGCUGAUUACAGAACCCGUGUUAGAUUCAGGUAUUACAGAACCCAAGUCAGAUUCAGGCAUUGAGUGUGAUGCUGUCUCUGGGCCAGGGCUUCAGGAAACAUCAACAAUCAAGAAUUUUAAACCUGAGGGAGACAAUAAUGGCUCUUUUCGAGGUGAAGUUCAGCAUGCUGAAUUUUCAACACUUGAAGAAAGGGGUAAUCUGCCUGCAGAGCUUUUAUCACCUUUUUCAGAACAUGACUCUUUGUUCGCUGACUGCAAUCUUCUGAGUGACUCUGAAAUUGCAGAUGAUGAAUACAUGGGGUUUGGAUCCCAAACCCGCUUCUCUUUGUCUGAACUUCUGCACCUAGAUAAUAGUAGUCAAUUUGAGGAAGCUGAUGCGCCCGGGGACUUGUCAGGAUUUUCUAAAAAUUCCUGUACACUAGAUGUUCCUGAAAAAUGUGCAACUGCUAGCCUGCAGAACAACUGGAGACCUACAAUUUCAUCAAUUGUUCAUAAUUGUUUCCAAUGUUCACAAUCCGAACCAGCCCCCGAUCUCUCUUGUCAGAUUUGUGGGAUGUGGAUUCACAGCCAGUGUUCACCCUGGAUUGAAUCACCAUCUAGGCUUGGAGAUUGGAGAUGUGGUAAUUGCAGGGAAUGGCUAUAGCUGGAUUAGUUGUCAUCCCAUGGAAUAAUUUAGUGAUAACCGUACCAGCUGUCUCAACAAAUAUGUGCAUGGAUUAAUUCAGGUAUUGACAAGUUGAAUCCAUUGCCGGGGAACUUGACCGAUUAUAGCAGCUUCCCCAGCGCCAGUGCUUGAGUGGUUUGAUUUUCGACAUGAUUUCCAACCUCGGUCAGUUUGGUUGCUGCUCUAAAGUCAUAUUGGCUGAUUUAUACUCCCUUGUUUCAUAUUCGAUUCUUUUCGCCCCAACAUUGCAUGAUUUACAGAAAUUUGCUCGCAGGGAGAUUAGCAGGUUUUUAUGAUGCUUAUCUUCUGACAGUACUUUCUUUGCAUAGAUUAAUAAUGUUCCAUUUUUUUCCCAAAAUUGUCAGUCAAAUUUGAAACCUUAACAUCUGCCCUGUUCCAACCCUCGGGUUUUUGGUUCCUACUGCCCGUGUCAAGCACAUCCCCAAGUGCUCCAGGAACUAGAACAUUCAAUACUUUUGUAACAUUUACUUUUUAACAUUUUAUUUAUUUAUAAUUUGAUAGUUUUAUUUUUUUAUUUUCUCAAAAUAAGAUAUUAUACAGUAGAGUUUCCGGUGAAUGUAUGGUAUAGUAUGCCAAACAAUCAAACGAUUGUAGGAUAUAUUAAAAUCUAAAAGAUAAUCAUUUGUGCGGUGCUCA